GAAAACUGAGAUAAGUGGCAACAAUCUGGAAGGAGAGGAAAGCCAAUAGAGGAAGAGCAGGUGAAAAAUACAAAGGUAGAGGGGAAAAAAGCAAAGACAAUGUUGGGACUACAGACAAUUUUAGUAGCCCUGCUGGCAUGCCUCUUAAUUCUGCACUUUCUGAAGCAGCUGUCGUCACGGAGGACCUACCCUCCUGGACCUCUCCGGCUGCCCAUCAUUGGAAGCAUUUGGCGGUUAGGCUUCAAGCCUUCCAAAGAUGUUCUCAUUGAGAUGGCAAAACAGCAUGGAAACGUUUACACUGCAUGGCUGGGACCUAAACCUGUCAUUGUACUGUCUGGAUUUGAGGCAGUGAAAGAAGGGCUGAUAAACCAUUCCAAAGACUUUGUGGACCGGCCAUUGACUCCUUUCCUGAAAGCUGUAGGAGAAGAACGGAGUAUUACAUUGUCAAAUGGCCACACCUGGAAGCAACAGAGGAAGUUUGGCAUAGUUGCCAUGCGGAAGCUGGGACUGGGGAAGAAAGGCCUGGAGCACCAAAUAGAAGAAGAGGCCCGGCAGCUUACUGAGACUUUUGCAUCUACAAAGGGGCAGCCGUUUGACCCUUCAGCACCCAUCACUAAUUCUGUCUCCAAUGUGAUCUCUGUUGUGGCUUUUGGACACCGGUUUUCUGUGGAAGAUAAAGAAUUUCUCAAGUUGAUAGAAGCCAUUGAAUAUGUGUCUAGAUUUAUGCAUACCAUCUUUUAUGCUCUAUAUGAACUUUUGCCAUGGCUCAUGGUUCAUCUCCCGGGGCCCCACAAGAAGGCACUUGAAUAUAUAAAGGGUGCACAAUUAUUUGCAAAGAAGGAAGUGGAAAAACAUAAGGAACAUCAGGCAGUGCUUGAGCCACAAGAUUUCAUUGAUUUCUAUCUAUUUCAAAUGAAGAAAAACAAGAAUGACCCUAAAUCAACAUACAAUGAAGACAAUCUGAAUCAAUGUAUUAUUGACCUUUUCAUCGCAGGAACAGAAACAAUAUCUUUGACAUUGCAAUGGGCAUUGCUCCUCAUGGCAAACCACCCAGACAUCCAAGAGAAAGUCCAUGAGGAGAUGGAAGAGGUUUUGGGUUCUUCUCAAUCAUUCACAUAUCAAGAUCGGAAGAAAUUGCCCUACACCAAUGCUGUGAUUUGUGAGAUCCAGCGUUCCCAAUAUAUCUUAUUUUUUGGGGUCCCCAGAAAAACUACAAAGGAUGUGAAUAUGCUGGGUUUUGUCAUUCCAAAGGAGACCAUGAUUUGCCCAGAUCUUCGCUCUGUUCUUCUUGAUCCUACACAAUGGGAGACACCUGAAGCAUUCAACCCAAAUCAUUUUUUGGACAAGGAUGGAAAUUUUGUGGAAAGAGAAGCAUUUCUUCCGUUCAGUGCAGGGGCUCGUAUGUGCCUGGGACAACAGGUGGCAAAGCUUGAGCUCUUCAUCUUCUUCAUCAGCCUGCUGAGGUCAUUCACUUUCCAGCUGCCAGAAGGAGUAAAGCAGCUCAGUGAAGAACCUAUACUUGGGGCAACAUUGCCCCCCCAACCUUAUAAGAUCUGUGCUGUUCCCCACUGCAGCGCAUCAUAAGCUAUACAAAUUGGAGUGUCCACUUGUUACUGUCAAUUUCUUCUUCAUUCCUUUCACAUCCUCCUAACCCUGCACUGACGUGCUCAGUUCAUUAUUUUCUUGAUUCCUCUGUCAGAGUUUGACUGACGCCUCCUUCAGAUGGAAUUCUGGCAGAUCUGCGAUGUGCCUGGUUGCUAAAUGUGUACUAUUGCCUGAUUAAUGAUCUUAUUUGUAGUCUGAAAUCUUCAAAUAAAUACUCGAUAUGGAAUUCUGGUAAUAUAUAAAACCUGAAAUUUCUCAUUUUUUUCAUAUGCUUUUCAAAGAAGUGACAGGUUGCAUAGAGGAAAGAGAUGUAUCAGAACUGAGUUAAAGAACAAAUUUAUGCAUACAGAAUAUUUACACACAAGCCUUACAUCUACUGCGGUCCUUACAAAUGCUGAUUUUUAAAAUUGUUAAUUGAUAAGGGGAUUACAGGGGAGGCAUUUGUAUUGUGUAUGAGCACUCGGAAGAAUGGUUGUUGUGGGUUUUCCGGGCUGUAUUGCCGUGGUCUUGGCAGAUACAAAGGACCUACAUCUGUUCCACACUGUGACACUGAGAGAUCUCUGUCUUUUGGUGCUACACCUCUGAAGAUGCCAGCCACAGCUGCUGGCGAAACGUCAGGAACUACAAUGCCAAGACCACGGCAAUACAGCCCGGAAAACCCACAACAACCAUCGUAUGCCAAGACCACGGCAAUACAGCCCGGAAAACCCACAACAACCAUCGUUCUCCGGCCGUGAAAGCCUUCGACAAUACACUCGGAAUAAUGUUGGUCCUGCGUUCACAUUAGAGAGCAAAUGAAGGAAAGAAACAUUUAAACCUCAUGUAUGAAGAAAGCCCUAGAAGAGUGUGUAUUGAAGCAUCAAAAAUGGAAUUUGAAACAAUAGUUUAACUGUACACUCUGAUGCUGUGAAAGGCAUAGCAACUGAAGGGGGUUGCACUGAAAAUGGGAGUUAAAAUGUACUCAAUCCCCUCAGUCUAAAGGGCUUUAUGUUUUCUUUCCAUGCCUUAGAUAAUAACUGUAAAACUCAGACCAUGUGUAAUAAACUCAUAACAUUGACUUAGCUUUUAUUAAACAGAAAUCAGGAAUAUGGCUGCCGAAAGUUCAUACUCUGGAAAUCUAGUUGAUCUCUAAAGUGCUACUGGACCCAAAUCUUGCUUUUCUUUACAGACCGACAUGGCUUCCCACAAUUCUAAUAAUGUUAAUGUAAAACUGCCCACAUCCUUCAAUCUUUCCAUAAAUCAAGAAGCAGAAUGAAAUCCAAUAAGAUGUUCAAUUAACGUCUUAUGAAUUUGUUGCCUGAGGUGACCCUUCAAAUAUUGGGGACCUCUGAAAAGGGCCGUUUCCAGACGGCUUACCUGCCUCCGGAAUGUUGC